AUGGCUAGAAAUUUUGAUCUUCAGCUGAUUAUGUACACUGGAAUUCAGAUUCACAUUCUAGAUCUACCUAUUGUUCACUAUAGCGAGUAUAACACCGGCAACGCCAUGUUGAACAAAGUCGUGUGUGUUAAUUUCAAUUUCAACACUUUGUUCAUUCUCAGACAACAAAUAUCAUGUCUAUCAUCCACUUCAACAUUCUCUAGUCAACCACGAACCAUCGGCCUCGGUCAACAGAUGAGGAUACUCAACGAGAAAAAGCAGUUUGAACAAACGAUUGAGCUGUUCGAAACGGAAAUGAAGAAGAACAAGAAGCACUUGUCCAGUUUGAUCAUUGAUCAAGCUUUGAAAGCAUGUACACAAGUGCGUGACUUUCGACGCGGGCAUGGUAUUCAUCAAUUAGUUCAACAUCGACUGUCAACUGAUUCGUCGUUAGUGAGAUCUCUCAUCCAUUUCUACAUGCAAUGUCAUGAUGUCCAAUCAGCUGAAUCUCUAUUCAACGUUUCAACAAAUAAAACGGUGUAUAUCUGUGGUGCCAUGAUGAAGGGAUACAUUGACAACGAAAAACCAGAGAAAGCGGUUGAGCUUUUCGAACAGAUCAAACAUCCUGAUGCAGUUCUCAUCACACUAUUCUUCAAGGCUUGUGCUCAAGUGCCAUCAGAACAAUCGUUGAGCUUAGCGAAGAACAUCUGGAAAAAAUACCAAGGCACAUCCCUUCUCAAUCCCUACGCCUUGACGUCUCUAAUCAAUGUUUUAAUGAAACAUGGUGAUCUCGAGAGCGCAGAAACUGUAUUCAAUCAGCAAUCGAGCAAAGGUCCAUCAAUGUAUGGUGCAAUGAUGAAAGGAUUCAUACAGAAUGAGAUGUCGCAGAGGGCGAUUGAUCUUUUCGAACAAGUGAAGAAUCCCAAUGAAAUUCUAGUCACACUACUGUUCAAUGCAUGUGCUCAACUACCUUCGGAACAAUCGUUGAACUUAGUCAAGAAUACCUGGGAACAACCUCAGAUCAAAUCUCUUCGUAAUGAUAAUGUAAUAACUUCUCUAAUCGAUGCUCUGAUGAAAUGUGGAGACAUCAAGGGUGCAGAAAUUGUUUUUGAUGAAUCACCGAACCAUUCCGUAUAUAUUUAUGCAGCAAUGAUGAAUGGCUACAUAAGAAAUCAAAUGUCGGAAAAAGCGAUUGAUCUUUUCAAACAGGUCAACGAACCUGAUGACGUUAUUAUCACACUGUUGUUCAAAGCUUGUGCUCAACUACCAUCAGAACAAUCAUUGAACUUAGUUAAAAAUACCUGGAAACAAUAUAGAACUAAACUUCUCCAUAGCAAAAAUACAUUAACAUCUCUGAUCGAUGCUCUGAUGAAAUAUGGUGAUGUGAACAGUUCAGAAGUUAUUUUUAGCGAAUCAAGAGAGAAAUCAAUAUCGAUGUAUGCAACAAUGAUGAAAGGGUACAUUGAAAAUCAACUAUCAGGAAAAGCAAUUGAUCUUUUCAAACAAAUCAAAGGUCCGAAUGAAGUUAUCAUCACACUCUUGUUCAAUGCAUGCGCUCAACUACCAUCAGAAGAAUCGUUGAGCUUGGUCAAAAGUGUGUGGAAAAAAUAUCAGAACACAUCUCUUCUCAAUGAUCAUGCAUUGACUGCUUUAAUCGACGCUCUCAUGAGAUGCGGUGACGUUAAGAAUGCAGAGGCUAUUGUCGACAAGUCGUCACACAAGGUGUUACCUAUGUAUGGAGCUAUGAUGAAAGGUUACAUAAAAAAUGAGAUCCCAGAGAAAGCGAUUGAUCUUUUCCAACAAGUGAAGAAUCCCAAUGAAAUUCUAGUCACACUACUGUUCAAUGCAUGUGCUCAACUACCUUCGGAACAAUCGUUGAACCUAAUCAAGAGUACCUGGGAACGACCUCAAAUUAAAUCUCUCCGUAGCGAUAAUGUAUUAGCUUCUCUAAUCGAUGCUCUGAUGAAGUGCGGAGAUAUUAAGAGCGCGGAACUCGUUUUCGAUGAAUCAUCAAGCAAAUCGAUAUACAUUCAGGGAGCAAUAAUGAGCGGCUACAUAAGAAAUCAAAUGCCGGAAAAAGCGAUUGAUCUUUUCGAGCAAAUUAAAAAUCCGAAUGAAGUUAUCAUCACUCUCCUGUUCAAUGCUUGCGCUCAACUACCAUCAGAAGGAUCGCUGAGCUUGAUCAAAAGCGUGUGGAAGAAGUAUCAGAACACACCUCUUCUCGAUGAUCAGGCAUUGACUGCUUUAAUCCACGCUCUUAUGAGAUGUGGUGAUGUAAAUCAGGCAGAAGCGAUCUUCGACCAAUCACCACACAAGGUGUUACACAUGUAUGGAGCUAUGAUGAAAGGUUACAUCCAUUUUGGAUACCUUCUCAACAGAACACCAAACAAGACCCUUCGCCUUUAUCAUCAAAUCAAAAACAUGAAGAUAACACAGUCAAAUUUCAUUAUUUAUUUACUUGCAAUUAAUGCAUCAUCACAAAUUGCUAUGGCAUCGGAAUGUCAGUCCAUUGUGGAUGAAAUACCGCAACAUAUCUUACUCAAUACUCAGAUUUCCAACUCUUUAAUUGAUAUGUGGGGCAAAGCUGGUUGUGUGCAGGAAGCUGAGAAAGUUUUUGCCAAUCUUUCAUCCGUUGAUCAAGUCGCUUAUGCGUCAAUGGUUCACGCUUAUGGCAUCAAUGGAAUGGGCACGAAAGCGGUCGAACUUUUCCAUCAGGUUCCACAAUCGUUGGUUGUGGAGGCUACUCAUGUUUGUGUUCUCAAUGCGUGUUCGCAUGCUGGACUUGUCGAUCAAGCUCGUUCUAUCUUCACAAGCAUCGAAGAUAAAACAGAAAAACAUUACGCUGCAAUGAUUGAUUGUCUGAGUCGAGGAUCAUUGUUUGAUGAAGCACAACGACUGAUCGAUCGAUAUGAACUGAAUCAUCCACCUUCACCUGUCAUGUAUAUGUCAUUAUUAUCAGCUGCAAGAAAUCGGAGAAACAAACAGUUGGUCGAGGACAUUUAUCAACGGAUAAAAGAGCUUUUCUCUCACCUGUCCGAUCGACUCACCUCAGCCACGAUUUUACUUGCCAAUCUUUAUGGAUCUUCUGGUGAUGUGGACAAAGCGUCAAGUAUUCGAUACGAACUGAGUAGAUCUGGUGCCAAGAAAAAGCCAGGUCUCAGUUGGACUGCAGUUAAUGGUCAACUCUUUCAAUUUCAUGCUCACGAUCGAUCUCAUCCACGCAGUGCCGAAAUCUAUGUGGAAUUGGAUAGGAUCUCAAGAGAACUGAUUGAACAUGGUCAUGAGUAUGACUCGUCAUGGAUCACACGACCACUUGCUGAAGAUGAAACGAUCGAAUCAGUUCUUUGUGGACAUAGUGAGAAGCUUGCAAUCGCCUGGAACUUCGUAGCCAAUCCCAACACAACAUUCAUCCAAAUAACGAAAAACUUGCGUGUCUGUGGUGAUUGUCAUCGAGCCACGAAACUGAUUGCUGCCAUUCGACGAUGUCAGAUAGUCGUCCGUGACGCCAAUCGAAUUCAUCAUUUUCAUCCUAAUGGGCACUGUUCAUGCAAUGAUUAUUUCUGA